UAAUUGAUUUAAGGAAGCAAUUAAAAUUCGGAAAAUAAAUUCAAUUUGAAUUUUUUCAAAUUUAUUCCUUUAAAAAGUUACUAUUGACAGAGUAAAUUUUGAGUCUUGUCUGCUCAAAAAGGCUAAGAAAUCCGAGACCUCUGAAGUAUGGAUUUUCUACGAGUACGUGAAAGUAACACGAAGAAUAUACACAGACAUCUUCGAACUGAUAAUCUAUUAAACUUAAAUUUGGAUAGCAUUUACCCGUUCUAUUUAAAAACAACGAGAAGGAUACUACCCAUAAUCUCACCGGUUAAGAUAAUUAUUUUUAUCGAGUUAUCAGGCAACGUGAGAGCUACCACUGCAAGGGUCCUACCUUCAUUUCCGUCUACAGGGAUGACGCCGGUGGACCGCUGUCCAGCUGACAGUGAGUGAGCAAACAAUUGAACCAAAAUAACACUGUUUAGUCUGUCAAAAUUCCCUAACCACUCACCGACAGCUGAGGCUUUUCAAGUAGGACAGUGUUGACAUGUUUUAUUUGGACUGUCAUCAUGGACAAGAUUUUGGAGGGCCUUGUGAGUUCCGAUCACUCUGUUACAGUAAAGAAGGCCAUUGUCAAGAAGGUAGUGGAAGCAGCAGAGAAGGAGGUGACCGAGCAGCAGUGCCAGGCCCUAUUUACUCUCACAACUCGCCUCAUACUGCUGGGUGAAGAUGCCUUUGAGAAGCAAAUUGGCUUGCAGGUUUUGGACGCCUAUGCACGCUACCACCGCCCAGAGUUCGAGCAUUUUUUCAGUAAAGACUUUGUUCUCAGUCUUCUCCAGCAGGGCUAUGGUGAACUGAACCACAAAGAUCCAGCCAUAAUAGAGUACAUUCACACCUGCCUUCGGCUGUUAAUCAGCUGCCCUUCAGUGCUGGAGAUUUUCAGCAUAAUCCAAGUGGAAGUUUUGAGGAUGGUUUGUGAACGUCCAGAACCAGCAGUUUGUGCCCGCCUGAGCACUUUGCUGUCGGACUUUGUGCAAUGCAUCCCAAAGAACAAGUCGGGUGUUUUGUUCUGCCAGCAGUUGGUCCGGACCAUUAGUUAUUUCCACUGCUUCUCUAGCCAGGAACAGGAGCUCAGAGAAUAUGUGGGUCAAGUCACAAAGGUUAGCACACUGCUGCAGAACAUUUGGAAGGCAGAACCUACCACACUGCUUCCGUCGCUGCAGGAGGUCUUUGCUAUUAUAUCUUCCACAGAUCCUGCCUUUGAACCUUCUAUUGCUCUGGCCAGCCUGGUCCAGCACAUCCCCAUACAGAUGAUCACAGUGCUUAUCAAGAGCCUCACCACAGACCAGAACGUCAAGGAUGCAAACAUGACGAAAGCACUCUGCAGGAUGAUUGACUGGUUGUCUUGGCCUCUGGCCCAACAUGUCAACACUUGGAUCAUCGCUCUGCUGAAAGGACUUGCUGCAGUUCAGAAGUUUACCAUCCUCAUUGAUGUCACUCUGCUCAAGAUUGAAUUGGUGUUCAGCCGUCUUUGGUAUCCAAUAGUUCGUCAGGGGGCGCUAGCUGUUCUUUCACAUAUGCUUCUGAGUUUUCAGCACUCUCCAGAGGCCUUCCAUUUGGUUGUUCCACAUGUGGUGCAUCUGGUCCAGUCCUUAAGGACAGAUGGUCUUCCUACCAGCAAAGCUUUCCUACUGCAGUUCACUGAGCUCAUACACUGCAUGAUGUACCAGUAUUCUGGCUUUCCUGAUCUCUAUGAUCACAUUCUGGAGGCCAUCAAGGAUCUCCCAAAACCUGAAGAGGAGAAAAUAAAAAUGGUAUUAAACCAAAGUGCUUGGACAUCGCAGUCCAACUCGUUUAUGUCUGGUUUACUGAGGCAAGCUGGGAAGUCCGAGACAGGCAAGACAGGUCUGGUCAACCUGGGGAACACCUGUUUCAUGAACAGCAUCAUCCAGACCCUCUUCAUGGCCACAGAUUUUAGGAGACAUGUUUUAUCUUUACACCUGAACGGCUCCAGCACACUCAUGAAAAACCUACAGUUACUUUUUGCUAUCCUUGCACACACUCAGAGGGCGGCAUACGCUCCCAGAAACUUCUUGGAUGCGUCUCUGCCUCCUUGGUUUAAUAUGGGCUCCCAGCAGGACUGUUCUGAAUACCUCAGGUUUCUUCUUGACAGGUUACACGAGGAGGAGAGAACACUUCAGGCCAUUGAAUCUGCAAAGCCAAAGGAUGCAACAGGCGAACACGCGUGCAGUAAUGGACCGACAGGCCAGGCUUCCCUUGAGGAAGGUGAAAAGUUGCCUUUGCAUGAGGCUGAGCCCAAACCAUGCGAUGAUGGAAAGACUUUAAUAGAAAGGAUGUUUGGUGGACGCCUGAUCACAGGCAUUCGCUGUACGCAGUGCAACAGCAUCUCAGAGAAAGAGGAGCCUUUUACAGACCUGUCUUUAGCCUUCUGUCCUGCCACCUCUCAGAAUGUCCCUCAGCCUGAAGGCCCCUCCAAGGAGCCUGCCGUUUCAUCUCAAGGAUGUGUGAAUGGUGGCAGUGAAACUCUUGAACCAGGCUCAGCCAGAUCCCCAGCUAGCAGUGUCCCCUCUGUGCCAAUGACAAAUGAGCCUCCUCUCUCUGUACCCGACUUGGUAAACUACUUUCUGGCUCCAGAGACUCUAGAUGAAGACAAUGCCUAUUACUGUGAGAAGUGCAACUCCCUCCAGCGGGCAGAGAAGACCUUGAAAUUGGUGUCAGCCCCUGAAUACUUGAUCCUCACCCUGCUGCGAUUCUCCUACGAUGCCAAGUGUCACGUCAGAAGGAAGAUUCUGGACAAUGUUACUAUCCCUGCCCUCAUGACACUCCCUGUUCACGUUCAUGCAAAGUCGGUGAAGUCUCCUUCUGUUGUGCCUCCUUUCCUGCAAACAGAGCCUCCAGAGAGCAGCGAGAAUCUGGCUAAAAAACUCAAACCAUCUCAAAAGGAGGAGGUGGAGGAGGAGCAGCAAAAGGAGGAAAAGGAGAUCAUGGAUGGUGUGGAGCAUACGAGGAGAGAGGAGGAGUUGUCCAUCCUUUCUGUACCCUACGUCCUCACAUCGGUGGUAAUGCAUUCUGGGAUGUCAUCAGAGAGUGGCCACUACUACUCGUAUGGUCGUGACAUCAGUGGAGUAGACAUGGCACAACACACAGCCGAGCAGUUCGUCAGGAAGGAGGAUUCAGGGAACGGACAGGUGGAGGCGUGCUCCUCUGUCUCCACCGUUUCUGAGAAAGAGCAGGGAGACAAACAGAUAAAUAGAGUUCAGGAGGCCGAUUGGCUGCUGUUCAACGACAGCAGGGUGACAUUCACGUCUUUCCAAUCGGUGCAAAACAUCACCAAUCGGUUCCCGAAGGACACGGCUUACGUGCUUCUGUACAGGAAGCAAGACCUACAAGGACGGGACGAGAAUGGGGGGCUCAUGGCGAAUGGAAUGAGCGCUGAGCCGCCACUGCACAAAGAACUGCUGGACGCUAUUAUCAAGGACAAUAAGCUGUAUUUGCAGGAACAGGAGCUGAACGCACGGACCCAGGCCCUGCAGGCUCCCUCAUCGUCCUGUUCCUUCAGGCCCAAUGGUUCAGAUGACAAUAACCCACCAGGGAGUUGUGGCCCAUCUGGCGGAGGGGGCGGCGGAGGGGGCUUCAGUACCAUUAGCAGACUGGUGUUCUAAAAUAAACGCGGCAGGAAACUCGCACAAACUGUAAAGGAUGGAGUCCUGGACUGCUGCAGACCAGUCCAAUUUGUCAUGUGACAUUUAUUUACACGUGACCUCGCGAAGAGCACUGAAGUGUUCUACGAACACAGAUCAACUUUGCUGCGUCGGGUCGGAGAUCUGAUGUAAAAAUUGUUUUUAUACUACUGCAGAACCAUCUUUGAACAACAUUUUAAUUUAUUUGUUGUUGUUUUUUCUUUGUCUUAUUUUAGUUAUUUUUAACUCAUUCAUCCAAAUGAUAAAAAAUUACCCAACAACAAACAAAAACAAAUCACAUUUCAUAUGAAUAUUUUUACAAUAACAGCCUCAACUAUAACUCUAAUAAUAUGAAUAUUUCACACUGAUUUGAAGUUGGUUUCGAUACACACACGUUAUCUGGCUUUUCUUGUUUGUCUACAAGUGAUCUCUCAGGCACAAACAUGGAUGUACAGUGCAACACACUGACAUCAACCACUUUUGUACGAUUGUUUUUCUUUAUCUCUGGCUGCAAAACGAUUGGGGAAAAAAAAAGAAAAAACUGUUUACUUUUCUGAUUUGCAUAUGCAGCUUUCCUACCUGAGCUGUGGAAUUGUGAUAUUUGCGCUUUACGGUGUGACUCAUACUUUAUAGGUUUCAUAUCCCAUGCAAUAAAUGUAAAUAUAAUUUUUCAAAAGUCAAAUAAAAUAGACGUGGAAAGUGAAAA